AAGAGCGAAGGUUCCUUCCUCUGAUCUGAAGCCCGUUACAUUUUGUGUGUGGCCACCCUGGGCCAUGGAUACAACCUUUGGCAGUUACACAGUCUUUUUGUUGACACCGAGCUAAUAAAUUAUAUAACUUGGUUAAAGAAACGUUAGCCAGACUGGUAAGUAGACACCUUAAUAUAAACCUGUUUUGUGUGGACGGUCGUUUAAGCGACUGUUAUCUGAGAAAUACAAGCAACCGCUCACUAGCGGCUAGCUUGAACCUAGCUAGGUUGCUAGCGACUGUUAGCUUCAGAGCGAAACUGACAGAAGGGAGCUGUCAUGUCAAAAUGUUGAUAAUCAACAAUUUUCACACAUAGACAAAGUUUAAUGGUUGUCAUUUCUUCUGGGCUGGACUUUUGUCUUUCACUUGCUUGUGUAAUGAAUGUUAGAGCCGUUAAAAAUGUUGACAGGCUUUAAUUUGCCGGUGUUUUCCUCAGAGGGGCAGAGUGGGGACUUGAAAUCCGAGAACAAAGAUCUUUUGUAGGCUAGCUACUGUGAAAUGCACCGGUGUUUUACAAAUCUCCCUCCCUGACCCCUGCUCUUAGAAUAUGCCCGCUAAAAGCUAACUUGUUCUUAGGUAACUUGCGGAGCCAACUAGGGCCUUUACUGUUGUAAUGUUAGGAGUGAUGAAAUUAUUUUUAUUUUUACACUUAUCGAGCAGUCAUAAGGUUUAGAAGACAAUCCAAUGUAAUCAAACACAAACGGCUCUACCACAAAUUCUACUGUCAGGAAGUUUAUGUUAACAUUAUCAGACAGGUGAUUAUUGUACUAUUUGAUAUCGAAGACGACUAGACUGUUGCAUAUCUAUUGGCUUAAAAGAUUUUUCUUAUAUUUUCCCCUAAUUUGCAAACAUGUUGGAAGCAUAAUGGAAGAAACAUCUUUCAAUGCAAGGUACUCCAGCACCCUCAAUACCAACCACAACUAUAGCAUUUAAUUAACAAUCGGCACCCCUCUGACCAUGUCAACAAAAAUAAAAAAAGGAGUUCCUUAAAAGUAGAAUUUGUGGUGGAGUUGUUGUAUUGGGUUGAUUAGAUUACCCAGGUGCUCUUUACGUUUUGGGAAGCUGGUGUCUCUUAUGUUCAAAUUGUCUCUUGUACAGCUGCACUAACAGGGAAGUCCUAACGUUUGCAUGUACCGACUAAUUUGUAAAUACCCAACCAUUUCACACAUCACAUAGACUCAUACAGACACUGGGUGACAGCUGAGCCCGGCAAACUGAGUGUAACUGAACUGACUCUUUAAAGUACUGGUGAUUCAAUUUUAGGUAAUAUUAUGUUUGUAAGUGUUUUGAGCCCCGUUAUAUACAAGGCUGCCCUUCAAAGUUUAAAAUUAACUAUUAACAACAGGAGUGGUGUAAUCUCCUUUUCCCCUCAUGCCAUCAGACUGUACAAGUCCUCUCUGUGGAGGAAAAGCAACUGAGGACAGAGGGUUUUUAUUUAUGUAUUUAUUUUAUUUUCACAGUUAGAAAUUACCUAAUAAGACAGUGAUGGAUGGAUAGAUAGAUAGAUAGAUAGAUAGAUAGAUAGAUAGAUAGAUAGAUAGAUAGAUAGAUAGAUAGAUAGAUAGUGUAGCAAGAGGCAGAAAACUCAGAGCUUAUUUGAAGCAUCUGCCUAAAUACAAUCUAAAAAAUGAAUACAAUUUUACACAAAAACAAAAAAAAGUCAAAGUUGACCUACAAGAUGGGAAGAUGCUGCAGGAGCAGUGAAAGAAAUAGUUUUGUACAGAUGUCCAAACCUUUAUGUCUUACUUUUUAUAUGUAAAUACUUUAAAUUAUCUGAAGGUUUAUUAUAUCUGUAUUCCUUACAUAUAUUGCAUUUUAUUUCUUACCUAUUUGAUGAUUCUUUUUUUUCUGUAUAUACUGAUGCUGAUGCAAUUAUAAUUUCCCAAAAGGAUCGAUGAAGUUCUAUCUAAUCUAAUGUCCUAACUGUUUUUCAGACUUUUUCUUUUCAAGGUCAUGCUUGUGUUAACUCGGCAUCAUGAAAAGCAUUCUGCCUCUGUAAACAGAUUUGUUGCAUAUCCACUAUCAUUUUCAUUCCCAUAACUAAGGUAUUUACUGUGCACAAUAUGGUUGUGGAAGUAGGCACUACAUCACAGCCACCUGUAGCAAAAGAAUUGAAAGCUUAACAGAACCCACAAUAGACAAACAAUCAGUAAUGAUGAAUGAAUAUAUGACAAAUGUCAGACCAAAACUCCUGCUGUUUUGUUAACAACAUACACAGGAUUAUAGAAACCACAGUAUGUGAAUUUCCUCACUGCUGUUUGCGUCAUGCUAAUCCUUCACCCAACACAUUCGGAUAAAGGAAAGAAUGUGGGGUAUUCCCUUUACCAUGUGCUUUACUUUCCGCCUCACAAAUAAGAGAUUAACAAGAAUUAUGAUCCGCCUUUGUCAUUCCAAGCUGUGGUUUUCAAAUACAUGGUUUCAUGGGAGUGAUACAGUGUACUUAAAAGUGUUCACAAUACAACGUGACCAUUGUGUUAGACUGUGGUGAGUUAUAAAUGUCUUAGCAGCAGAAAUGAAAGGUUCCAGGUGCACAAGUGUGUUCGUAACCUUAUACGCUAUUUUAAUUGAGGUACUUCAAGUAACCCCCAUAAAAGUUGUUAUAAUACUGCAGCAAAAAUGUAUCAGGUGUUGGCCACUAAAUUAGUCCCUGCAUCAAUAGUGUUUUGUUUUUUUGACAAGUCAGGUAAAACUUCAAUCAUCAUUUUGUCAUAUGAAUAUUUAUCCAUUUAUCCAAUACCCAAGACAAGAUGGGCAACUGUAUUUGAACAUCUCGCAUCUCAGUUCUCUACUUUUGUCUAUAGGUUACAGAGUUGGUGUGAGGUGUGUUGACCAGUGAAUGCAUAGAGUCAAGAAGGUAAAACUCUGUGACACUAAAGAAGGUAUCUGGAAAAGGUACAGUAUAAAUUAAAUGUUAAGAGCUUUGAUUUUUUAAUAUUAAAACGAGUUCUAUUCAAGUGCAGGUGUAGCUGUAUUUCUUUUAAGUCUUGUUCAUUUCUUUCUUAUGCCAACAUCCAGCUGUGUGACAGUAAACAUGACGGCUGUGGACGGCCUUUCGGACAGCACAGAGGUGGUGGAGAUGGAGGAUGUCCCAACUCAGUUCUUUGUGGAGAAACACUCUUGGGAGGGCCUUCGUGACAUCAUCCACUGUAGCAGGAAGUACUCAGGGAUGAUCGCCAACAAGGCUCCCCACGACUUCCAAUUUGUGCAGAAAAAGGAUGAGAAUGGACCCCACUCCCAUCGGUUGUACUACCUCGGUAAGCUGAUAAUGAUACCUAAACAUCUUCUGUGUUGAAUUUUCUAAACACCUCUUUUACAAUGCAUAAGUUGGCUUUCUUUGUGCUUUCCAGGAAUGCCUUAUGGUAGCAGAGAGAACUCAUUACUUUACUCAGAAAUCCCCAAGAAGAUCAGGAAAGAGGCCCUCUUAGUGCUGUCGUGGAAACAGAUGCUUGAUCACUUUCAGGUAAACUCUGUUUCAUGCUGUUUAGAACGACAACAGACAGCAUGGAGUGAUGUUUGAACGGUCCUAUUUAAAGCGUAACUGCACUCGUUGCUCUAGACCUAAUUCUAUCCACUGCAUAAUUAACUCAUUCACUUAAGCGUAGGCAAGUGUUCAAAGAGGCUUUUAACUCGGGCAUUGAAGGUUAUCUUCACAGCACCAUCAUAUCACUUACUUUUGAAUCUUUGGAAUAUGUUUUGAUGUAAAGCAGCUCUUCAAAACUCUACUACAGCUUUUUUUUUAACUGGCAUCAGCACAUUUUACUAUAAGUGCUCCCUGAAGAUGUAGCAGUGUUGUGUUUUUAGAAACCUGAGAUAUGCUGUGACAGUGAAAAGCAACCAUGAACCACAAGAAAAACACUUAAAUUGUAAAAAACAUUAUACUGGGACUGAAUUAGUUGCAUUUGGUUAUGUCUGACAUACGUAGAAGUGUUUAUUUUUUUAUACUUUGCAGGAAAAUCACAGAUUAUUCUGAAAGUAUUUAUCUAAUAUGAACAUGUGCUGUUUCAUCAAGGCUACACCACACCAGGGGGCCUACUCUCGAGAGGAGGAGUUGCUUAGAGAGCGUAAACGUCUGGGAGCGUUUGGUAUCACCUCCUAUGAUUACCAUGCAGAAACAGGCCUGUUCCUCUUCCAGGCCAGCAAUAGUCUCUUCUACUGUCAGGAUGGAGGCAACAACGGCUUCAUUGUGAGUAAAGUGCCGGUUCUUUUUGAGAUGGUAAUCCAGAGCCUGCAAUAAUCUGCAAGUAAACAUAAUUUAGGAUACAAUACUCAUUGUUGCACCCACUUGUGCAGCAUUUAGCAGCUAGCGGCAAAGACAAGAAAGGUGUCAUCAAACAGAAGCUACUUUCAGACCCUGUUUUAUGGUGUUCCUCUACUUAUUCUCCCUUAAGUGUAGAGGGUUGUAACAAGUAUGCAACCUAUGUAUACCACAUCAAAUUGGACUGGGAAAACAUUCAGUGACACACAAUUUGAUUAAAAAAAACUGCAAAGAACAGGUGGGAAAUGUUGCUCAAAUCUUGGACAUUCUUUGUUUGAAUUUUGUGUUUGAACCAAGAGUGAGAAACGUCAGCGUUUUUUAAAAGAGCUGUCAUUUUCACUGUUGUGUGCAUGAAACAAAAACAUCUAUGAUUUCUAAAAUCCUGGGGAUUAUAUUCCCCAAAGAGCACCUCCUGUGGGAAAAUUUAAUUUGAGUCAGCACUUGCAUCUAACAGGUCUCUCCUUUAUUGUUGCACUUUGGAUUCAAAGUUUUGUUUGCCCUUGACUAAGACUGUUCAUGUUGGUUUUAGCAGUCUGCUCCUGUAAAGCCAGUAGAGAUCAAGACCCAGUGCUCAGGGACCCGCAUGGACCCCAAGAUCUGCCCCGCUAACCCUGACUUCAUAGCCUUCAUCAACAAUAAUGACCUGUGGAUAGCUCACAUCAGGACGGGGGAGGAGAGGAGACUCACUUACUGCCACAAAGGUUUGGAGGCUCAGGAAUUUUUAUGAAUAGGCAUAAAAAAGUUGUAUAACAGCUUCACAGUUUGUGUAACUGCAUAGUGUCGAACUCUGUAGCGGAGAAUCAGAGAUGCAGUUUUAUGAUAUGAAAUGUAACAGGACAUGGAUGUGUGCUUUUUAACUUUUGUUUUCUUUUUUUUUACCAGGUGUGGAUAGUGUAAAAGAGGACCCCAAGUCUGCAGGUGUGGCAACAUUUGUCAUCCAAGAAGAGUUUGACCGUUUCACCGGCUACUGGUGGAGUCCCUCAGCAGUUGAAGGUCAGUCAUUUGCAGCUUAAAUGCUCAAGUUGUUCAUAUUCUCCAUGAGCCUAAAUAACCUGACAGCCAGUGCUACCUGGUCUUUAAAUGUGUUUUUGUAAGUGCAGAAUAAACUAGAUGUGCUGAAUUAUGUGCCUGUUUUUGUUGACACUGUAAAUCUCUUUUCUACCCUGCCAGACUCUGAUGGAGGUAAAACGGUGUACUUGCUGUAUGAAGAAGUGGAUGAGACAGAAGUAGAGAUUAUUCAUGUCCCAUCUCCAGCACUAGAAGAGCGGAAAGCAGAUGCGUACAGAUACCCCCGCACAGGUGAGUGCUGCUCUAUUUACUGUGCACACAGACAAACACAGGAUUAGGACAUUGCUUUGAUUUAUUUUCUUUGUGUUCUUUUUUUUUAAUUUGCAGGUAGUAAAAACCCUCAAGCUACCCUUAAACUAGCAGAGAUCAAGACAGAUCACCAAGGGAGGGUAAGACUUUUUUAUUUUUACAUUUCUCUUCGUUCUUUGUCGGUUUUCUUCUCUAAGUUAGUGUACGGUUGAUUUCUAAUGUGUGUUUUUGUGGUUUCACUUUCAGAUUGUUAGCACACAAGAUAAAGAACUGGUAGUCCCGUUCAGCUCCUUGUUUCCUGGAACAGAAUACAUCGCCAGAGUGGGAUGGACAAGUGACGGCAAAUAGUGAGUGUUCGAGUCAGAAACUCUGAUUCUGUUGACUCAGUGACUCAAAAUAAACCUCCAGUAUGUAAACAGCAAAGUCAUAUGACUGCUGGAGGAACACAUUGACACAGAUAACAUUCUCUCUUGGAUGGCUUUUUGUUUUGUCAUUAUUUUCAUGGUGCCAUUAGAGACAUUGUAACGCAGUCUUUGCAUUUUAAGCUAACUUUAGAUUUUCCUCGGCUCUGUCUCCCCCUAGUGGCUGGGCAGUGCUCUUGGACCGCAGUCAGAGGAAACUCCAGCUGGUCUUGCUGCCUCCGGCCCUCUUCAUCCCUGUUACAGACGACCCCGCUCAGAGGCAGGAGAGUCUGGAUGCCAUACCCAGUAACACUCAGCCACAUGUAAUCUACGAAGAAACUACAGACGUCUGGAUAAAUGUGGGUUUGAAACAUAACAUCCUCUGUUUCCUAAUUCCAUCCCACUUUUGAAUAACGAAUCCCUAUGAUUGUUAAUGUUCCUGCCGAGUAAGAUAUGAUCAUAUGACUCUAUUCCUCUUUCAGGUCCAUGAUAUCUUCUAUCCGUUUAUUCAAACAACAGACGAUGAGUUUACUUUCAUUUGGGUAAAUGAGUCCAAAACUGGAUUCAGUCAUCUUUAUAAAAUCACAUCCAUGUUUCAACCUGGCUGUUACCACUGGGCAGAAGACUACCAACACACAGAGGGUGAGAGAAGAGAAGACGAGAUGACUCUUCAUCUAUUUGAAUUUAUCCUGUCAAACGAUCACUCUAUCACAGUUUAUGUCAGAGUGUUUGGUAUGUCAAGGAGCUUGUUGAUUCCAUUAUCUGUUUUUUUUACGCAGGAGACUUUAAAUGUGCAAUCAAGGAGGAGGUUACACUGACCAGUGGGGAAUGGGAAGUGCUGGCAAGGCAUGGCUCCAAGGUUAGAAAAAGACUGUUGGUUUUUUAAAGCUAUUCACACAUAUACAAAAUACACAGGUGCUUGUAGGAUGUGGUCACAAAGUUUCAACUCAAAGGGUUAGAAAAGAAACAAUGGUUAAAUCCUCUGAUCUAAGUUUGGGGUUUUAGAGUUGAGGACAAAUAGGAAUAAAUUCAAGCAUUAAAGUCUUUCUCAAAGUAACACUCUUCUUGUAGUUAUCUACAGAAGUAGGUCUAUCAGGAGGUUGUGUUUAUUUUGCAAUGAAAAAAGGCAUUUAAACAUUUUUUAACCAAAUGGAUGUGAGAUAAGAGGGCUGCAGUUAAGUACUUCUGUGAUAUUCCUUGUAAAUGCACCAGUUGUGAUAGGAUUACUGCUGCAUUAUAUAUCUUUGUUAAAGCUUAUACAUCCACCUGGUUGGAGCCAAAGUCAUCCAACAUACAACAUGGACUUUGAUUGUUUGAUAAUGAUCACUUAUUAGCAAUAAGCUCCCUCUGGACUGGCUUCAAAAGUGAUGUUUCGGGUCAAAAAAAUAAAUGAAGACGAUGUCGCUCUUAAUGUCGCUCUUCUGUUGUCUCUCCUCUGCUAGAUCUGGGUGAGUGAAUCUUCAAAGCUAGUGUACUUCCAGGGCACCAGGGACACUCCUCUGGAGCACCACCUCUACGUGGUCAGCUAUGAUUCACCUGGAGAUGUGGUCAGACUAACCAAGUCUGGCUUCUCUCAUAGUUGCUCUGUUAGUCAGGUAAAAUCAUACAUUUGUAUGCUUGUUGGUCUACAUGUACAUUUUUGUUAUCAUGUGUGUUGUAUUUCUUGAAAAGCUGUCAGAACUAGAGAAAGACUGUUGUUGACACAGAGUAUUUUCACACAUCGGCUGCAUCCCCCUUUUGCCUCUUCUUUUUCCUAUCUUUAUUGUCCUUGUCUAUUUAUUAUCAUACAGUUUCCAAGAAGUAUUUUGCACUUUAUUCUGUAUUAUCAUGAUGUUUGCUCUUCUUUGCUCUGUCACCCUGCAGAACUUUGACUUUUUUGUCAGCCACUACAGUAACGUGAGUACACCUCCAUGUGUUCAUGUCUACAAACUGAGCAGCUCUGAAGGUGACCCACUACACAUGGUGCCUGAGUUCUGGGCCAGUAUGAUGGAAUCACCAGGUGAGCUGGGGUUAAUAUAACCUUUAGUCAUACAGUAGUUUUAUGAUUUAUUUAACAUGUAAAGUGUGUAUUUACAUAUUUGGCCUCGGCAGAGCUUUUCCUAAAGAGCAAUCCGGCUAAGUGUGAAGGUUGUGCGGCUAUCUGUGGUUUUAUUUUUGGAACAAUCAAUAAAAGCAUCGUCUGCAGGGGAAAGUGGAGGUCUGGCUAUGAUUAAAUCAAGGACGGUCAGUUCGAUCUACAAUGGCGUCCUCCAGACAAUCCUGACAGCAAUCAGAUAGAGUGCUGCUCAGACACUUUGUGCUGGUGUUGAUUGUCGUUUAUGAUUCAUUAAAAGUACCAAGAGUGAGAUGGUGCUUCUCUUUUUUUCUGUAUUUAUGAUCCCUACGUUGGUCCCCAAGCAGACAUACUUCAAACACAAAUGCAGGAUUGGAAAGUUUUCUGUAAUUACAGUUCUCUUUUUCCAAUACUGUCAAUGCCUUGAGUUAUAGAAUACUCUAACUCUGAGAGGCUAGACAUCUUAACCCAUUGGGGUUAUUCCACUUGUUCAGUAUGACUCAACAUAGAUUAUGGAAGUUAACUUCACAGCACAAUCAGCUACAAGCUACAAACAGGAUCCAGUACAUGUCUUGCAAUAAAAAUAAUGAUAACAAAAACAGCUUCAGAAAGAGCUCCUCUUUACCUGUACAUCUUGAGUUUUACAAAACGGAACCAAGGAUGUUUGAGUUGAAGUUCUGCUAAAAGUACAAGCCACAAUCCCUGAUUGUUUUAUAAAACUCAAACCUUAUGCCCAUAUGGUCUAAAAUGUCUUCCAGGUUGCCCAGGAGAUUACAACCCGCCUGAGAUUUUUGACUUUCCAGGAAAGUCUGGCUUCCAGCUUUAUGGAAUGGUUUACAAGCCUCACAACCUGCAGCCCAACAGGAAACAUCCAACUGUUCUCUUUGUUUACGGAGGCCCACAGGUGUGUAGAAAGAUUCUGUCAAACUUUUGGGUCUCCUUAUAUUUCUUUUAGCUUGCAACCCUGUUAAUUGAAAAUAAAUAAACUAAACUGUCUAACAAUUUCUGCAUAUUUGGGUCUUCAGGUGCAGCUGGUGAACAACUCGUUCAAAGGGAUGAAGUACCUCCGUCUGAACACGCUGGCUUCUCUGGGCUAUGCUGUGGUCGUCAUUGAUGGAAGGGGUUCCUGUCAGAGGGGACUUGAGUUUGAAGGAGCACUGAAAAACAAAAUGGUAUGUAAAACACAAAUAAUGGAACAUGAUCAAAAGCUACAAAAAGGACACGAGAUUAAAUAACAGAAUUCUGUUAUGUCUCCUCAGGGUCAGGUGGAGAUCGAGGACCAGGUGGAGGGGCUGCAGUAUGUGGCAGAGAAGUUUAACUUUGUGGACCUAAGCCGUGUUGCCAUUCAUGGCUGGUCGUAUGGUGGUUUCCUCUCACUCAUGGGCCUCAUCCAACGGCCUAAUGUCUUCAAGGUCAGAAAACUCUUCCCUCCACUGGCCCUUGUUUUUUUUUUAUUUUUUUUUUACUGCACUCACACUUUUUACUAGUGAGCUUUCUCCCCUAUAUGAAUGUGUUUCAUAGUUUCGAUCUUGUUAUAAACUUAGUUAAAUGGAAUCUUAGUCUAAAACCUCAGCUUUCAUUACAAUUCAGAUGCAGUUGCUGCCUACAUCCACAUGGUGUCUCUGUUGUACAAUGUGUUGUCUAACAAUCUUUCAAGUGAGCAUGUUUCAUGACCAUGAUCACUUGAGAGAUUUUAGAAUUUGCUGAAAAUCUCCAGCUGGGUCUCAACAUCAGAGCUAUUAAGUAAACACCGACACAUACCCACAGUGAGAUAAUUGUUUAUUUCUUGUUUGAUAUUCUGAACCCCCCUUGACGAUGUUGUGCUUUUCUUCCAGUUGGCUAUUGCAGGUGCCCCUGUGACCGUGUGGAUGGCCUACGACACAGGCUACACAGAGCGCUAUAUGGACGUGCCUGAGAACAACCAGCAGGGUUACGAGGAAGGCUCUGUGGCUCUGCACGUGGACAAGCUGCCCAGCGAGUCAGUACAUAAACUUGUUCAGACUUGCUAUUGUGCCUGUUAUCUUAUUUCCAGUGCUUUAAAUUCUGAAGUAUUUCUCAUGUAACCACUUAUCUAACCAUACUGCAUGUCCCCUGUAAUUUUAUAGGUAGUUAUACGUGUUUGAUCGUGAUUGCAGUAGGUUUUUAAUUCCUGCCGGGUCUUGCUAUGUGCAGGUUUGUGAUAUAAGCUCUCCCUUGUUACUUGGAAAACUGUCAUAGGUCUCUUAAGUUUUCUUUAAGCUAUUGAAAUCUACAAAGCUAAAAUUAGGAUUUGAGGCAGCAGGCGAAGUCUUGUAAAGGGCUAAGGACAGCCUGAGGCCAAGACAGAUUGCAUGUUGGAGCACCGAUCCUGGAUGCUGAUGUCAAAUCAUUAAAUAUCUCAGCUUCUGUGCAGCUUUUAAAUCAUGGGGGAACGGAGAGUUUUCUUCGACUGGGCAAGCAGCGUUAAAACAUUAAAACAAAGAAAUGCUUUGUACCAUGGACUUUCUUAUUUGGGAUUCAAAUUGUUGUAACUACAUGCUCUUUUUUUUAAUUCCAGGCCUAACCGUUUGCUGAUUCUUCAUGGAUUUCUAGAUGAGAAUGUGCACUUUUUCCACACCAACUUUCUAGUGUCACAGAUAAUCCGUGCUGGGAAGCCCUACCAGCUUCAGGUAAGCAUCCAAAAGGUUAUUUACAAGACUGACACCUCUCUCUGGUAAAGCUGAAGAAAGGUUCUUCAUACAGGUCAGAUCUUGCAUAAGUUUUCAGAAUAACGCCACUGUAAUGCCAACAGAAUACAGCAGAUUAAACCAAGCACAUUGAGCGGAUUAGUGUUUGAUUUGAUCAUCAUAUUUUUGUUUUCUAGGUAUACCCCAAUGAGCGACACAGUAUUCGCUGCCCUGAGUCUGGAGAGCACUAUGAGAUAAUGCUGCUGCACUUUUUACAACAAUACCUCUGAAACGUGACAGAAGAGGAGGAAUGAAGUCUAGUUACCGCCCCGUCCUCCUAGACCCCUCUAGCUCACCACCCAUCUGUACUCUCCUUGGCCUCCCCUCCCAAAUGUUCAUUCACCCUGUCAUCGAGACUAUCGGACACUGCAGCCACUGUCUCCUAAGAACUGGUCACGUAACCUCCCCACUUAACUCUUUAGCUCUCUCUCUCUUUCUCUUUCUCUCUUUCUCUCGUCUCUUGUUCUGUUACUCGCAUCGCUUGCUCCGUCUCCCUCAUGGCCUCUCUCACUAUGUACAGUCUGGGGUAUGGUUUAUGAGCACAGAGAUUUGAUGUCUCACCCUGAAAGCUCAACAAUGACAAGGACAUAUGGAGAAGUAUCUGCAGGCUGUGUCACAUUGACUCAUCGCUCACCCAUGUCCUCAUCUGAUUUUUCUUGUUUUUUUGUUUUUUUUGCCAAAUGUUAUUGUGUUGUUUCCCCCUCUGCUCCCCCUGUUUUAUUCUCUUUGGUCAGCGGUCGGAGUAGGGUUACAGUUCACAGAUAUGAAUAGAAACUAUACGCAUGUUUGCAGACAUGAGUACCCAUACUUUACACACAUGUAAAAUACAGUUUAUCUCAUAUACACACAAGAUCAUGAGCACACUAACACAGACUUACAAUAUCAAACAUACUGUGAGUCUGUUACUUGCAGUCAACGUAGGGAAGAAGAAAACUGUGACUCUUCUUCUGCCCACUUGUUUUAUGUGUGUCCUUUAAAAUAAAACAUUUUAUGAACUUUUAUUCUUUUUUAAUGGGCACUGACAGAAGCAGCUCAUUGAUGUUUUCGCAAUGUUUUCUCCCCUCACAUUACAUUGCUUGGGAUGUCUGCUUGCCUUCUUAACACAUAAUUUAUAUUUGCCAAAGUACCUCUUGACUCUUUGAUCAUGCUGGUAUUUCCUUUUUUUACUGCAAUAAAGACAACAGGGGGGUGAGUUCUGGAGUCUUACAACAGCUUUGUACCACCGGAAUACAAUUUGUACAUGAUAAUGAAUAAAUGUAUGAAUCAGUCACA